AUGUCUAAUGCGAUAAAAGUGAGUUUCGAAAUUGGACAUGUGGCGUCUUUAAGAUCCAAACAGACGCCAGAAGGGUUUACUCAUGAUUGGGAAGUGUUUGUACGCGGCGCGGAAGGUGCUGAUAUUGGCCACUUCGUUGAAAAAGUGGUAUUUCACUUACACACCACUUUCAAAAAGCCAAGAAGGGUUGUUAAAGAGCCACCAUUUGCCGUCAAAGAAUCUGGCUAUGCAGGCUUCAUGUUUCCUAUAGAGAUAUAUUUAAAAAAUAAAGAUGAACCUAAGAAAAUACAAUUUUCCUAUGACUUCACUUUACAACAAAGUGGACUGUUGAGAGACCGUUACAUUUUUCAAAACCCAAAUGAAGAAUUCCGAAAAAAGCUAUUUAAAGGUGGAGGAAUACCUGUUAAUAAUGAAUCAUAUUACACUAAUCCAGACCAGGAAAGUAGAAGUAGAGAUUCAUUUACAGAAGAAAAGCAACAACUUGUUAGUAAGCCUAAAUUAUCAUCAGAUAAUAUAAAAAAACACAAGACAAAAGAGCAUAAGGAUGAAGUGCCACACAGAACAAGCAGCUUUGAAAAUUUGUUUGGGCCUCCUAUACAAAAACCUCCAAAAGUGUCCCCAGAACCCAAAAAAGUUGAAAAAGUUGUACCUUCUGUUAAAAUAGACAAAAAAGAAAAAGAGAGGUCUAAUCCAGAUAAGAAACUUAAACAUGAGCACAAAGAAGCAAAGUCAGAUAAAAAUAAAAUUAAAGAAGACAAAGAUAAAGGAAGAUCUGAAAAAAAUAAAUAUGUUAAUAAAGAACAAGAAAAAUCUAAAGAGAAAGCCAAUAAAAGGCCUAAUGAAAGACCUCCUACACCAGAUGUUAAUAAAAAGCAACGCAUUAUGAGCCCAGUUAGAAGACCACCUAGUCCACCACGUUCCAGUAGUGCUACCAGCAUUAAAGAGGAAUACAAACUCAAACAUAAUUCUGAGAUUAUUGAGUCGAAAAAAACAAAAGUGGAGGAAAAAGUUCCUGAUAUAAAAGUGGAAAAGGAAAUCAAAGAGAAAAGAAAGAAAGAAAAAAAAAGUCACUCUAGAGACAAGGACAGAAAAGAAAAAAGGGAACAUAAAAAAGAAACUCACAAAUUAAAAGAAUCCCCCAAAGAACCAUCUAAGGAAAUAAUUAAGGAAGUACCUAAAAUCAGAGAUGUUCCCAAAGAAAGAGAACCACCAAAAGAUUCACCAACAGUAAAAGAAACCCCAAAACCCAUGAAACCUGAAAAGUCAGUGAAUAAGUUUUCAAUGGAAAAUCUGAGAAAAACCCCUCCUAUAGAAACUGAAGAUCGUCCCGAAAAUCAUAAACACAAAGAUAAAUCAGAUCCCAGAAAACAUAAACAUAAAAAGAAAGAUAAAAAAAGAGAUGAAUCCAAAGAUAAACACAAAGAAUCAAGCAAAGAGAAGAAAAAUAAACAUGACAAAGUUCGGGAUGUACCACCUGAAAAAAGUGAGGUUCUGGAGCGUAGAGAAACACCUAUACCAAAAGAGCGCCCAAUACCUGAAUCUGCUUCACCUAUUUCAGUAGACACAGCAUCUCAAUGCAGUUCAAAAAGCGGUUUAGCCAAAACUUUGCAUUUGAGUAAUGAAAAUGCCAAUAGUAGUCACUCAGACUCUGAAGGUUCAAUUAUAGAUGUCAAAGAUAUCAAAAUUAAGGUUGAAAAUCCAUCCCCAGAGCCUAUUAAACAAGAAACCCUCUCAGAAGGAGAGCCAGAGAUUGACCCUGAUCCAGAAAUAGAGCCUGAACCCAUUGCUGAGCCACCACCACCACAUAAGGAAAAAUCUAAAAAGUAUAAAGAUAAAUCGGCAAAAAGAGAAGAAAAGCGACGUAAACGAAAAGAAGCUGAAGAAGAAAGAGAUAAUAUAGAAAACCUAGAGCAUAGAAAAUUAGCAAAAACUGCAGAAACAGCUCCUCCAUUCAAUGAAAUGGAAAGUAGUGAAAGUAGUGCUUCAUCAUCGUCAGAAACCAAAGUUCAAGACAAUGGUGUGUCAAGCAGUCUUGGCGAAGAUGCUGAACCAGGUGAUCUUUCUCCUGACUAUAUGGUGCAACUGCGUGACUUGCAACAGCGUAUUAUGAAAAUCAAAAACAAUGAAGAUUUAGAGAGGGUAGUGAAUCUUAUUGCAGAAACGGGCCGGUAUGAAGUAACAACUCAGACUUUUGAUUUUGACUUGUGUUUGUUAGAUCGCUCCACAGUGCAACAGCUUAUUCAGCUAGUGGGCUGCUAG